CACCGUUGUCCGGUGUUCCUUAGCUCUAUCAGGAGAUCUGCUGCGCUGGGACCUAGUACUGUAUAAGGACAGAUCUCGGACAGCAUGCAUCAAGUCCUAUCAAUGCCAGAGCUCGUGGGCUGCAUCUGCGAGGUCAUCGACAGACGCGACGCGUAUGCUAUGGCACUUACGUGCCGUAUUUGGCAUUCUGCCGCCCUCGACCGGAUAUGGCGCGACCUAACAUUCGGCGAACUUAUGACUCACUUGUUCUGUCUCCUGCCGUCGAACGUGUACAAGCCUCCGGAAAAUAGAUAUGUGCUUUCGUACCAUCCAUCACCAUGGUUGCAACACCCCAAACCGGAUGACUACGCCGACUUAUAUCGGUUUUCUGUGCGAAUCAGGUCCUUGGAUCUGCAGGAUGCGGACCUUGAAUCGGACACAUUAUCCGUGCUGGCCGAUCAUCCACCUCCGCGGCCCCUCUUUUCCCGACUCCGCGAGGUGAAGCUGCCGCCUGGCGCCCUCACGAGCAAGGGUCUCCCAUCUACCUCACGCAUGCAACCCUUUAACUCGCCGCUACUGUCACAGGUCUGGGUUACCUGGAAAGUCGGCGUGGGCGAGAGACCAAAGAAGGUUAACCUCGAUGCAUGCGUCGCUCAUACCAAAGGCAUCAGACUGUGCCUCGAGGUAUAUGGACCGAAGCUACCUGUCCUCGUCGGCGCGCGGUCUGAUAUUGUCCGCAGUGUGUCCCUCGGAUGCGUCGCUAUCGAGGAAAGUGACUGGGACAUUCUAGCUGCACUGCCUCGCUUGCAGACUCUCGAGCUCGAAACAUAUCCACGCUCUCCCUCUAUCUCCCGCCCGUUUCGCGCGCUGCGCGAGCUCACGGUCAGUACGUAUCAAGACUGUAAACCUCGCGUCGCCAGCUUUCUUCGACGCUGCGGCCCUCUUACGCUGUCCUCCUUGGAGAUCCGUGUCGGUCGCGAUGAUAAUGAGCGAGAAGCGAAUCCGACAAACAGCUGGCACAAACUCCUGCAGGCUCUGCAUGACCACUGCUCGUAUCUCGAUCUGGCGGUGCUGAACGUGGACGACUGCGGGGAAAUGACGCGCGUGCCGGGGACAGUGCUCGAGCUUCUGGCGCCCUUCCAAGCCCUUGAAAUGGUCUCACUGGAGAACAAGGGAGGUUUCGACCUGGACGACGCGGUUGUCGUGUCGACAGUUCGGCGUUGGAAGCACCUCCGCACGCUGCGCAUGGUGCCGUCCGUCUACUGCGUCGACGAGGACAAUGGCGAUAACAUGUGCGAAAACGCUCGCUACAUCAACACAUGCUCGGUCUAUGGCCUGCUGGAGAUCGUUCGGCAUUGCCCCUCCCUCGAUACGCUGGCCGUGACGGUGGACUUCACGUCGUACUUCGAGCCCCCCGGGUGGGAGAAGGGGCGGCCGCGGAGCACGAAGAUCACGGAUCUCGACUUCUGGAACUCCAAGUUGUUCGAUCCUUGGAAGGUCGCGCAGCUCGUCGUGACGACGUUCCCCGCGGUGCUAGACCCUUGUUUACGGAUAUCGGUCCUGCACGUUCGGUACAACGAAGAGUUUUCGCUCGAGUGGUUUACCUGGAAGAGGUGGGAGGAAGUGCUCAGUAUCUGCUAUAUGGUGCGGCAGGCGAUGCGGGAAGAUCGUCAUGAGCGAUCGAUUACUUGAACGGUGAGAUAUAAUCAUUGUAUGCGCUGUUAUGCUGUGUAUAUUCACGUCGAGUUGACAGGAUUGGUAUCUAGUACAGACUCAUCAGCGGUAUGCUUGGAACCCUG